AUGGGGAACGCGUCCGGUAUGACGCUGGAGGAGCUGAGCGCGUGCAAGUCGCAUCAGUGGUACCGAAAGUUCAUGACGGAGUGCCCGUCCGGUCUGCUCACCUUCUACGAGUUCAAGAAGUUUUUCGGUUUGAAGAAUCUGUCCGACUCAUCAAACGCGUACGUCGAGACCAUGUUCUCCACAUUCGACAUGAACAACGACGGGUGUAUUGAUUUCAUGGAGUAUGUCGCUGCUCUCAGUCUGGUGUUGAAAGGGGGUGUUCAACAGAAACUGCGCUGGUACUUUAAACUGUACGAUGUGGAUGGCAGCGGAUGUAUCGACCGAGAAGAACUGCUGCUAAUAUUCAAGGCGAUUCGUGCCAUUAAUGGAAUUGAGCAGGAGAUGUCCGCGGAAGAUUUUACCAAUAUGGUGUUUGACAGGAUCGAUCUGAAUGGAGACGGUGAGCUGUCUCUGGAGGAGUUUAUGGGAGGUAUUCAGGGAGAUGACAUGCUGUUGCAGAUGUUGACUCAGAGUUUGGAUCUGUCUCAUGUCGUCAAUAAAAUCUACAGUGAGAUCAACUCUGAACAACAGAUCGACUGAACCCAGGGUGCCAAACACUGUGAUGAUCAGGACGACUAAACUAAGACAAAGCUUGUGUUUUUAACCCUCAACACAUCAGAUAUUCUCAUCUUUUACUGUGUUCAUCUCAGCUGGACUGAAUUUCACAACCCAAAAGCCUGAUUAUUCUCAUACAGUUAGUAUUAAUACAGUAACGGACUAGAGCAAACAUGGUAUUUAAGUGCACUUAAACGUUAUCACUGUGGAAAUCUAUUCAUGACAUUAAAAUAUUUUUGAACAAUGUUUUCAACAGCACCUGUAAAACAAUAACAGCUCUUCAGUUCUGUGAUGUAUAUCUGUGGAAUGACCUGUUAUUUAUAUAAAAAAUUAUAUAUUCCUCGUGAUAUUAAAUGAUAUUAUGUUCAGCAUGGUAGUUUUGUAAUGUUACUGUAAUUUGAGUUGAAGAGUUGAACCCUUGUGCGUCAAUUUAAAAAAUUACUGCAGAUGUCCAUGUCACAAAACUGCCAUAAUAAUAUUAUAUAUUAAUAAUAUUUUCCACUUUAAAUUCGUUUUUUUUUAACCAACAUCAGUCCUGAUCAUAACUAUCAAAUAUUCAUUCAUAGUCAGGAUUUUAACCCUUGAAAUGCCAGUUUGUUUACAUAAUGCCACUGUUGU